AUGCUCGACCCCCGCCCUUUCCACAUUUUAAGCUACGGCACCCUUCUCGGUGUCCAGCUCUACCAGAGCUUUGUCUCCGGCAUUAUUGCCUUCCGCGCCCUUCCGCGCCCUCAGUUUUCAGCUCUCCAAGCCAAGAUAUUCCCUACCUACUUCGCUCUCCAGACCGCGCUCCCUGUCGUAGUCGCACUUACUGCCUCCCGCGGCGGCCAGCCGCUUGGUAUUUCGGGGCUCCUGGAACGAGAGAACCAAUUCAGUGUCCUCCUCCCGCUCGCGGCGGCAUUCAUCACUGGUCUGGUCGUUAGGAUCACUGACAUGCUCGGCGAAGAAACCCGCGACGGCAAGAAGAGCUACGACCCCCCACCUCACUCCAAGGAGAUGAUUGCUCUAAACAAGAAGUUUGGUCGUCUACAUGGACUGUCCAGCUUGGUCAACCUGGUGACCCUUGGCGCUACUAUUUUUUAUGGUGUUGUGCUUAGCAAGAAGCUUGAGUAG